AUGUUCUUGCAGACUUCUUCUGGCAUGCUUCGCCUGAGCUCCUGGCUUUGCAAUCAUCGUCGAUAUACCCGCUUUCCCUUCCGAUGGAUUGCUCUGGUCCUCGCCGCUAUUUGGGGCCUCGUUGCAUUUUAUCUGUUUGCUGUCCCACAACUUCUCAGAUUUCGGUUCCGCACCGACUUGAGCUGGUAUGAUCUAGGAGCUCAAGGAUUUGGCCCAGACCAAAAUUAUAUCUCCUUCGACCAAGAGUCGCCCAUUGUCGAAAUCACUCCGUCUGGCGCAAAAUGCGAUCGCCGGUACACAUUCCUUGCGCCUCGGGGUGAUUCAAUUGCCCAUCCCGGGCCGAUGAUUCUGAAUGCUGAUGGGGAACUCGUAUGGACUAAAUGGAACAGGGGUACCACACAAGACUUCAAAGUUCAGCGGUACAAGGGCGAAGACUACCUCACUUAUUGGCAAGGAGAUACAACCAACGGCUUGGGGCAAGGGUCAUGGUACAUGCUUGAUUCAACCUAUACCCAGAGGUAUGUGGUGUCUCCAAUCGGCAUGUAUGACGGCGACCUGCACGACUUCCAAAUCACUUCCAACGAUACCGCAAUUUUGAUGAUCUACGAUCCCAUUUUGAUUGAUUUGAGCUCCAUCGGUGGCCCGGAGCUGGGAUGGAUGUAUGAUGGAGUGUUCCAGGAAGUGAACCUUGAAACCGGGGAACUGCUAUUCCAGUGGCGUGUAUCCGACUUUUACCACCCGAGUGAUAGCUAUUAUCCAAUUGAAGGUACGGGACACGGAAGGACAUCGGGGUAUGACCACUCGCACAUCAACAGCGUGGAAAAGGAUGGCCAGGGCCGGUACCUGGUUUCGAUGCGCCACCUCCAUACCGUUGCAUGCAUAGAUGGCGCCACUGGUGAUGUCCUCUGGUCAUUAGGAGGGAAACAGAACAACUUUAUCGAUGCCUCGGAUGGAGCUGCCACGGAUUUUUCUUGGCAGCAUGACGCUCGUUGGGUAGGAACCAACCGCCUCAGCUUGUUCGACAACGCAGCCCACAAUAAUGACAACCUCUCCGCAGUGAGCCGUGGCAUGAUCGUUGAGCUGGAUACGGAAGCGCGGCAGGCAACUUUACUGCAAUCUUUCGAGCAUCCGCACGAUAUCAUGGCCGUUUCUCAAGGGAAUGUGCAAGUACUAGACACAGGGAACGUGCUAGUGGGCUGGGGUCACUCUGCAGCCUUCACUGAGUUCUCCCCAGAGGGCGAUGUCGUAUGCAAUGUGCACUUUGGUGCCUCUGCUUUCUUCACAUUUGGUCGCGUUGUUUCCUACCGAGUGUUCAAGUUCGACUGGAUUGGCAAUCCUCUGACAGUCCCCGAUACUGCACUGACGCCCGAAAGUGUCUUUGUUAGUUGGAACGGUGCCACCGAGGUAGCGAAGUGGCAAGUUGAGGCAUGGGACGGUGAAAACCUCAGAAAUAUGACCUUCACGGCUGUCAACCAGGUCCCUUGCGACGGGUUCGAAACUGAAAUUCCACUCACUUCCGUGGUCGACUCGAUAUUUCGUGUGCGUGCAAUAAACUCGAACGGCGAAUCUCUCAGUGUAACUGAGCUACUCCAGCGACUACCAGCGUCAAAGGGCUCUCCCCUUAUAAACCCAUGGACCUUGGGAUCUAUUACCUUUUUGGCAGUUGGAUGCCUUAUUUGCGGCGUGUAUUUCGUUGUUCACCGUCGACCUCGCCAAGUGUUCGGCUUCAAUCGAGCCUAUCAGUUGGUUUCGCACAAAGAGGAAGACGAGGGGGAUGGUGAACAUGAUCGUCUCCCAUUAUGA